AUGAGUGAAAUAUUGGAAGAAUGCACUUUGAAUACAAUACCAUUUGAAAUAGUUCCAGAACUUUGCAAAACAACAGAAUCCAUGUUAUUAAGUUGGGGCUUGGAGGAUUUGAAAAUCAUAGCAACAGCCGAUACAGUGAGUGGAAUAACUAAAGUUUCAAGUUGGAUUAAUACUAUAUCAGCACCUUCAAGUCCUUCUAUUGCUGAUUCUACUACACUGAAUUUAGAAGAAACUUUAGAGAGCAACUUGAAUGGCAGAAAUAUUUUAAAGAAUUAUAAUAAAAAUAAAUACCUUACAAAUCAAGAUCGACAAUAUAUUAUUACGACUAUCGCAGAAUUUUGGGUAAAUUUAGAAAGACGAAUCAUUGAUACUGAUUAUAAAAUUGCCAUCGAACAAAUUUUAUUAUUAUUUCCAACCGAAAAUCAGGAAGUAUACAUUGGAAAUAAAGCACAAAGAGGAAGAUUAGCCGAAAAAUAUUAUAACUUAUGUAAAAAAUUACAAAAAGAGGGAAUUGUAAAAAGUCGUUACCAACGUAAAAGAAAAUUUGAUAUAAAUGCCAGUGAAGAAUUAGAUUUGACAAACCUUGUAGACGAACAAUCUAUUACAAAUAAUCCCGAAUUGGAAAAUCAUCAUAUUUGGUUGAAAAAUAAUUUUUUCCCAGACAACAUUGUAGUUGAAAAAUGGAACCUUACUUUUAACCUUCGAAGACAAGACGUAUUAAACAAAGGAAAUUCACAAGAUUUUUUUGUCAAGUGGCCAAUUUUAACUCAACAAAUAGCAGUAUCAUUGAUCGAAAUCGAUUUCGAGAGGCUAUAUCCAAAAAAAAAUAUAUUAUUACUCUCAAAAUGGAAAAUUUUUAAUGAAAAAAUAGUGUCUUUGUAUUCAAAGGAAAUAAAAGAUUCGCAAAAUAAGCAGCUUUUGGAAAUUGUACAAGGUAACCUUGACGAAGAUUCCAGAAAUUUCAUUUUAUUAACUUUAUUGAACACAAUACUUAAACCACAACUUAUAAAAGAUGGAAGGAAGUCAUGGAAACCAUCGAUUUUGGAUGGCCAAAAAGCCUUGUUUAUGCACGUUACGCAAAAAUGUUUCAUACAGUCAUCAUUCAAUAUUAAAAAAGAAGAAUAUAUGUCAAAAAAUUUAACCGUACAACCCACAAUCGUUGUUGUAGGAGAGGUAGAGGAAAAAUUGAAGUUUUAUACUUAUUUCAACGACACUUUGUAUAAUGCUGACAACUUUAUGAAAGCUUUUGCGUUCGUCUUCCAACUGCAUCAAGUAUUGAACUUAAAAUACGAUCCCCAGUGCAGGCAAAUAUGGAAUUUUGCUGAAGAAUUUUUUUUCGAACUACCAAUGUCAUAUCCUAAAACGCCGGCUUUAGCAGCUCUUUUAUCAUAUCUUAAUUGCGAAAAUUAAAUAAG